UACGUCCUUUACAUAUGUAAUUUACUCACUGAUCCAUGUUUGUAUUAUUAUGAUACAAACACUGCUAGCGCAGAUAGAACAACGAGUUAGUUAUAAAAAAUAUUUGCUGCUAAAAUGAGUUGAGGUUGCAACAUCGGGUCACAUGACCUCCAACUGGUUGGUUUUUGUCGUGCUGGCGCUCUGGUUUGUGGGAGUCAGAGAAUCCACUCCAGUCGGGCAUGGAUUACAAACGCAGGAGUAUAUAGCCAGCCAUUUUACAAAUACGUUUUUACCAUAAUAAUAGACAAUACCUGUUUUAAACAUGGGGCACUGUGGUAUCACCUCAUCAAAGACGGUGCUGGUUUUUCUGAACCUAAUUUUUUGGGCAGCAGCAGGGAUUUUGUGCUAUGUUGGAGCCUAUGUGUUCAUCACAUAUGAUGACUACGACCACUUCUUUGAAGAUGUGUACACCCUUAUCCCUGCUGUGACCAUAAUUGCAGUAGGAGGCCUCCUUUUCAUCAUCGGUCUUAUUGGAUGUUGUGCCACAAUACGAGAAAGCCGCUACGGACUUGCAGCGUUUGUCGUCCUUCUCCUGCUGGUGUUUGUGACGGAAGUGGCUGUGGUGGUUUUUGGUUAUAUUUACAGAUCAAAGGUUGAAGAUGAGGUCAAUCACUCCAUCCAGAAGGUGUACAAUGAGUACAAUGGUACCAACACAGAUGCUCCGAGCCGUGCCAUUGACUACGUGCAAAGACAGCUCCACUGUUGUGGGAUUCACAAUUACUCCGACUGGAGGAACACGCGCUGGUUUAAUGAGUCUCGAAACAACAGUAUACCAGUGAGCUGCUGCAAACCUAAUGUCAGCAACUGUACAGGCUCUCUAGCCCAUCCUGGAGACCUCUAUCCAGAGGGUUGUGAAGCCCUUGUUGUGAAGAAACUAAAGGAGAUUAUUAUGUAUGUCAUCUGGGCUGCACUGACGUUCGCUGCAAUUCAGGUAUUUGGGAUGCUGUGUGCCUUUGUUGUGCUGUGCCGGAGGAGCCGUGACCCUGCCUACGAACUUCUCAUGACGGGGGGAACCUACGCAUAAGAAGGACCCUACACUCACACACCAUACCCCAGACACACACACACACACCUAGGCUUGUGGUUUUGUCAGUGGAGGGUGGUUCACUGGCUUGCCCAUGUUCAGGUUUCCUCUACUGUAAGUUGAAAGCUCCUCACACACAGUGGCUCAUACUCCACAAUGGUGAAGUGGUGAAAAAACUAUUUAUUUACAUGCUAUGUAAGUUGGUGUUUUGUUUUAGGUGUCUUAUUAAAAACGCUACAAGCCAAAUUCUAAAAUGGCGAUUUAAACACUUUUUUUGUUGUUUAAUUUGUUGCUCUGACUACUUACCCCUCGUUGUUUGAGGUAGACAAGGAUGUGAAUGAUGGACCUACUGUACGGAAUAUGUGGACUGAAUACUUUCCUCAUGUCUGUUUGCACAGUGUAUGGCUUUGGAAUAUUUUAUAAAUAUUUAAAUCUAUCAUGUAAAUAACUGAGUUGAAGAUUUCCUUGUAUGAGGUUGCCUUGUGCUACUGCUUUGUUUGUCCAGACCUCACCCUUCACCAGCACCAUUCUGUUUCUGAUGAGAAGCAGUGGAACUAUAGACCGUAGAUGAAUCAAAGGCACUGGAUCGACCCACCAGGAAUGAGCAGUAACCAAAGUGCAGUCAUUUAACUGAUCUGCUUUGUAAGAAUGUGGGCAUUUGAUUCGGUGCAUAAAACAGGCUUAUUUAGGAAUAAUCCACAUGCACUGUUACUGAGCUUUUCUGUUGUACUUUGUGUGGAGUUGAGCACACUAUGUAGGCCUAGUUUUAAAAUAGAUUUUCAAAAGAUUUUAGCCAUGUACAGAAACGUAAACCAGAGAUGAAUGUAAAUAGAAUGGGGUGAAACUAACAAGGAAAUAAACUGUAUAUUCCCUCCA